CACACACACACAUAUACACAACAAUUUACGUUGGGCUCAUGCUGCGAAAAUACCAAUAGCUUUUUACGGAUGUAUCGUAAAACAGCAUAUAAGUCCACUUUAGUGAAAGCUGUUCUACUGUGUUUUCUACGAAAUAUGUCCUUCAAGGCACUAGUUUGGGAUUUGACUAGCAACACAUAUUCAUCCGCUUCUACGUGAGUGUCAAGAGCACAGCAGUACCCGGAUGGACUGUCAUGGCCGCCGUCGCUGUGGUUCAACAGAGAGGAGAAAAGGAAGGCAAAUGGUUCUGUUGUGUAUUUUUUCAAGCUUAACCUUGUUUUCUUAAUGUCGGACGUUGACGGGACGCCGCCCCAACUUCCAUCGAGUUCAUAGGGGCAAUAGUGAGCCCAUUACUGCUUGGUGCACCACAAUGAAGGGAAGAAGACACUGCACUAGAAAAUUUACUUGGACAAGUGACACAAAGGCACCGUGGCCAAACUACAAGCUUCUUCUCUUCAGAGACAACAUGCAUUAAAGUUUGACUUUUUUCUAAAGGAGUACAGCUUUACAGAUGUGGCGGGAUUUCAACUGGUACUCCAAUGGUCAGUCCGAUUAUGAGAGAGAGAGGAUAUCUGCAUGUUUACAACCAUGGAAGAAGACCUCAUAAUACCUCAUGAUUCCGCCAAAAACUGCAGCAUAUCGGUAAUAGAGGAUGAAAAAGAAAAGGUAAAAGACUUUGUUUAUAAGCAUUUCAGAGAAGUGACAGAUGGGUCACUCUUCAGUAAUGCAGAAGAAUCUUCCAUUAAGGAGCUUGGGAGUUCCACCAAGAAAGAUAAACAAACUCUCAAUAAAGCCCAUUGUAAAAUUCAGCAGGGGGCUGUUUUCUCUGGAAAGAUUCUGAGUUUCGGAUGCUCAGUGUGUAAAGAUGAUUCCACAUAUAGCCCCAAUGAUCUCCUCAAACAUUUUCGAGCAGCUCAUAAAGGAACCCUUCCUACAUACCCUUGUGACCUGUGUGGUUUUGUCACAAAUGAGUUUCCUGCUCUUCAACGUCAUCGGAUUGAGCACAGAAAUACUUUGGUUACAUGUGAGCUCUGCAACGAUGAUGUUCAGUACUCUCUGCUUUUGCUUACCAGACACUACAUCAUGUGUCACAGUCUAAAUGGACAAUUUAACUGUGACUGGUGUGAGUUUACUACUGUGGAUGCAGGGACAUUCGUCCAGCACAUUCAUCAUCAUAAUGAGAGUCCUUGGAAGUGUUCAAAAUGCAGACAUAUCAGCUUGAAUGAAGAGGAUCAUCAGAGGCAUGUGAAAGCUCACUCUGGUACAUUCCCCUUCACUUGUCAGAUCUGUGGAUAUGGUGCAGCAAGAAGCGAGUACCUGAAAAAACACACCUCAGCUGUUCACAAACAGGAGGCUGAGAAAAGGAAUGCAUGGAAGGCUAUAGAAGACAGCGGCACUACAGCAAAUUCAUCUGCAACCUUAAAACUUUUGCUAAAAAAGAGUGGUGAAUCACAGGAGUCUCAGAGGAUAUCAAAACUGAACUGUCUUUCUGCAAGUUUUACAAACCAAAAUGGCAGGUUAAUCAAACCAGAGCUAUCCUUAGCAGAGACCCACCACUUUGUGGAUGGGAUUGUAGCAAAAAAGGACAACAACUAUUGGAGCAAAGGCUCUCAUAACACAGAGCAGUCAACACCACCACUAAUGGUACAGGAAUGUGACAACUCUACAAGCUCUGAUGCUGCAAGUCACACAAAUCCUAAUGGACUGACUGUUCUUAUGGUUAAGAACAAAAUCUCUCUUCCCCCCAAUUGUACUACCAAAGUUAUGGGAUUCAAAAUGGUUGAUGGCAAAAAGCACUUAGUUCUGAAAGUAAUCCCAACAACAAAGCAAGACUCAUCCAUUCAGAACCACUCCUCAGGUGAAGAUGUGGGCUUCUUAGCACCAAAUCCUGUGUUGGAUAAAAGUAAAGACUCUAUUGAGAAUGGGGAGUGCUUUGAUAGCAAGAGCUCGACAUCACAUUGCUUUGCUGUUUCACCAAGAAGUGGAUCUUGCAUACAGAUGGAUCAAGACGAUAUUAUGGCAGUCAAAGUAAAGACUGAGGAGGAAGAAACCUCUGUUUGCAAUCUUGAUUCCACCCCACACAGAGAUGAUGUUGGGGAACAAACUUAUCCUUUACUAAAUAUGUCUUCAACUUGUGCAGAUAUGCUAUAUCCCAUGACAAAUGAGUUUGAUCAUGUGGGCGACCAAAGUCACCCAAGUCAAACAACCUCCUCAGAGAGAAGUACGUUUGAUAAUAACUCAGACUCUGCAACAUUUAAUUCUGUUGCAACCAGUCAUAGUGGUUGUAAAAUCAGUAAUACUUUAACAGUGUGUGCUGAUAAGGUCACUGGGCUAUCUUCACUUUCAAAAGUAGCUCAGGAAACCUUGCUUUCAGAAUCAGUCUCCAGAAAAACUGCUGAGAAUUGUAGGGCCGCAACUGAGUUAUCAUUGACUGACACAGUGGCAGAUAAACUCACUGACAAACACAAAGGGAGCUAUUCUUUUAAAACUACAGAAAAUGAUGACCCAUCUUCUCAUAGUACUUCAGACAAGGCUAUUAGGGUUAGAACUGAGAUUAAACGCAAAAAUGGUCAGAGAAAUUUUAAAAAACUUUCAACAAAUCCAGUACCUCCACUAGAGUCAUCCCCACCCACUUCAUGUAGCUACAGAGAAAGUGCUAUGGGCUCCGAAAACUGCCAUCAAAAUUCACCAAACCAAGAAGUAUUUACCUUUCACAACUAUUCCAAGGAAACAUUCAGUACUUCACCCAGCACUACCCAAAGCUUUGACAGUAUGUCUGAACACUCAGCUGACAGAGAAAGUAUUUGCAAAUCAUCACAGUUUAGCUUGAUAUUGGCAAAGUCUCCAGAACCAUUCGUGGAAGGUGGCAAUGGAGGAACAACUCAAAAGAAUGGAGAGAGCAUGAAGAAAGCGUCAAAUAGUGACAUUGAGGUUGAUGAGUGCAUAGCUAGUGUUGACGAUCCUCCCACUGAGGAUGAAAAUCCUGAGUCAGUACUCCAAGACUUUAAUAUAAUCAAAAUUGAGGAGGAGAGUAUUCCUAUAUCCAAAAAACAGUCAGAAACAAAGGGCAGUUCAUCUUUCUUGGGCAGUUUUGUGGAAGAACAUUCAGAUGCAAUCAUUACCCAACAACUUAAUAAGGAAAGAGUAAGAUCUUCAAGUGCAAGCAGUGAUUCUUUGAAACAAACAAAAACAACUCUACGAAUUCUUCAAUUGCCAGAGGGUAAGCAGCCAGUACUCCUGAGGACUAGUGAGAAUCGAUUUGCCAUGCCAGUGCAGGUCAAGGCAACUCCAGGUUUUAAACUGAUAACCAAUUCUGCAAAUCCUCAGAUCAAUGUAUCUUACAUGAAGCCAGGGUUAGAAAGAUCAAGUAACCAAACUGGUGUAACUUUAACUCCAAACAGCAGGAGGCUAGGUGUAUCGACAUCAAAGGCAGGAGCUGCUGAAAAAGGGACAACUCUUCUCUCUGCUGUUCAACCAGGUGUUUGCACCACCUCAAACCACUACCUUAUCAACAGCCCAGGUUUUAAGGGGCCUGUACUCCUUUCAAGCACACCACAAAAUACACCUUUGGACAAAUCAGCAAAGACACAGCCUACUUGCUACUUGGUACAGAGGUCUGUUCCAUUUGUACACACCCCCAGUACUCCUGGCCUCAGACUGGCAAGUACACAACUCUCACUAAACUCAAGGCCCAUGCUGGCCAUGCCCAUGAGUUCUGCAGACAAACCCAGCACUCUGCAGCCUGGUCGGCAAGCAUUCUUGCUGCGGUACAUUUCUCCACCCAAAUCAGGCCUACUUCUGAACAACCAAGAAACAAAGACUGGGACUCAGUGUAGCCAAACCAGUGAUAGUAUUGGAAACAAAGUUAUAUUUAAAAUUGUCACCCCUACCGGUAGCCUUCUUACAAGUGGCGCUCCCACCUCAAGCAGUCAACCUUUGUUUUUAGCCACCAGACCUCAGACCCAGUGUUUUUUGGUGUCAUCAAACAAAACUAAUGCAAAUGCCUCCAAUGGAGUCAAGAAAUUGAUCACCAUACAAAAUACUGCACAGAAAGAUGUCAAGGAAUCUUGCAUUUCACCCUCUCAGAUGAAUGUAAAGGUGCAACCAUGUGAAGCAGAUAAACCUCGUCUAGCCCCAAGGCCAAUUCGGCCUCCAAGCCAAAGGAAAAGGCGUAGGAAACCAUUAUUUGACGAGCUUACAGCAACGGUGCAUAAAGCUAGAAGACUUGCAAAUAAAGUACUUACUGAGAAAGAGACUGCUGUGUUAUGGAAGCCUGUAGCCAAAGAAGUUGAAAGGACACUGAGACUUGCCCCCUUCAGUUCUGUACAGCAGAUCAAAUGUCCUCGUAGAUACCAACCUGUUGUGGUGCUCAAUCAUCCAGAUGCUGACAUUCCCGAAGUGGCCAAUAUCAUGAAGGUAGUUAACAGGUACAAAGGUGCUGUUACUAAGGUCUCAUUGUCUCAGAAAACAAUCCAAGUACUCUCUGAGCUUGGUGCUCAAGGGAAGAAUUGCUCAACCAAAGGUGUGUCGUCUCAUAGCGCUGAUCCAAGACCUCGGCCAGUCCAGAGUUCUGUCCGUGAGCGAUUCCUUUUGAAACUGAAGUUAAGGAAAAAAAGCAAAAAAAAGUAUGAGGUGGUGGAAACUUUAUCAGGUUGUAGACAAGAGUCUGUGGUUUUUGACUGCUGGUUUUGUGGUCGACUCUUCAACAGCCAAGAAGACUGGAUUGGCCACGGCCAGCGGCACCUCAUGGAGGCAACUAGAGACUGGAAUAAACUGUUUUGAAAGUUUUUCAUCACCUUUAAAUGGCUUGAUAUUCUGUCCUUUUUAGGUGGAACAAAUGGUUGAAGUUGUAUAUUUUUUAAUGACCUUCCGUUAUACAUUUGUUCAAUCCAUGGUCAUGUAAAUACAUAUUCUUAAGUGAAUCAUAGUUUAUCCUUUAAUAGGUGCAUUAUCUGGUAAAUUAUGUACUGCUAGAAUUAUUUAUCAUGCAUGCACAGGUCAAAUUGAACUGUGAAAAUGGUACACUGUAAUUAGGAGUUGUAAGAGCACUGGUUUAAAAAAGGGGACAAUAUCAGCAAAGGUUGUAGGCAGAGUUGGAUUAAAUUACUCAGGUGAUUUCAUAUUAAUUCGGUUUGUCAAUUAUUGCGCAUAAAUUUUCAAAAAAGCAUAGGCCUAGUUUAAUCGACUUUUAUAUAUUUUAUCAUCCUGCACAUAAGGACAGGAAACUAUUUUGUAUAGCUUAACUCUAAAGCUUGUAGGCAAAUUCAAUUGUUUUGCUUGUGAUGGAAAAAUCCUCUGGUCCAAAUUAUUCUUUUUAUGUAUGAUGUUUUAAUUUAACAAGAUAUCAUUUUACACUAUUCUGUUGUCAGGAGUAGUUUACAGUUUUGUUGUCAGGAUUUUGUCAACCUGUAGCAUUUGUCAUAACUAGAACUGAGAUUUUUCAAGGUAAUCUCUUUAGUCUACCAAGUGUUGCGAACAGACCCAUAGUCUUAUAAAAUACUGUAUCUGUUAAACAGGGAUGCUUCAUGGCUCACUGCUAGUACGUGAGAAAUACAGAUCAGCCAAUAAUACACCCUAUGCAGUUUCAUCAAUAAUUAUUUUUGUUGUCAGCAGCUCAGGCUGUUUGCUUGUGUGCAUGUUGUGAGUUGUGAAUCCACAUUAAUUUCUGAAUUUAAUGAUACAUCUUUAAAGGUCCCAUGAAUUUGCUUUCAGAUUGUAAAUUUAUUUUGUGGGUUGCCAAGUUUGUUAAAAAAAGAUGAUGCUGGUGCAGGAUGUUAACAUCAGUAGAGACUUGAUGGGAAAGUCUGUGUGGAAACUAUUUAAAAAGUUCAAAGUCAUGUGUUAUCACAGGGCUUGUAAGUAAGAUUUGGCAUCUACUUCCAAAACCUUUGGAUGACAAAAUGGUUGUAUUAUUUCAACCAUUUACUAUAGGAAUUGUAAAGGUCAUUUGUAAUAUUUAAAUAUGUGAUCAAUGCUUAAACAUUACUGUAAAUUCUCAAAUUAAGGCAGGUAUUAAAAUAAUGGCCAAGUCACAUACAAUAGUAUAACAAAUUUCCAAUUGCUUUUAUCUAUUAUUUAUUUAUUGCUUUUAUUUUUUGAUCGUUGUUAGUUACAUCAAUGAAACACAACAGUUCCUACAGAUAUUUAACAUUAAAAGCCUUUACAAAGAUUGUUCCCUCAAGCUGCUAGAAGACUUUUAAUGUCAAACAUCUGUACAGGACGUGUACUUUUUUAUCGACAAUAGCUCAACAGCGAUUAAACGAAAAAAAGGGGACAGCAAUUUGUAAAAAAAAAAAUCAGUGAAAGAAAAUAGUAUUUCUGUUCACUGUGCUACUCACAAAGUUUGAGUAGCACUGUGGUAGUAUGACAUGAGCUGAGUUUGCAUCGACAGCAAAUUAAAACAGGAGCAGAUCAGAAAACAGCAAGCCUUCUUACUAAAUAUGAUUAAAUAAGUUUAUAAAGCCUGGCCUGGCCAAUAUUGAGAAUUUACAGUACACUUAGCAUACACAAAAUUGGUAUUUUUUUCUGUUAUAAGCACGUCAGGUACACUACUGAUGCAACAUAAUGAUUUUUGUCGUUUUUUUUAUGGUUUGGUCGCCAGCAGAGACAGCCAAACCAUAUGAAAUGGUUGACUGGUACAAAUCUGGUCAGCUAAGGCAACUAGGCUGCCAGGAAUGUCAAGCCCUGUGUGACUAUACCAGCCACUAGAAAAAUAAGCCCCUUGGACUACUACCACAGUUCUUCUGGAAAUGGAAGCAAUGUUUUUGACUUUUGAUCCUGUGUUACUGCUGCUAGUGCUGGUUAGAAUAAGGCUGGAUCACCCCAAAAUCUCAUUACAUUUUGUUGUAAGUACAAAAUGCAACAGCAGAAAACUUGUACACUGUACAGGAAUAGAUGAGGGGCAGAAUCAGCAUUUUUGGACAGAUUUCCUACAGAAUAAAACAGAACGAUGCACCCAGACCCAAGAUAAAAAUGCAGAAAAGGCAUUUUCUUACCUUUUUAAACUGUUCUAGGUUCAAUCAAAAGUUUCUUAAUAUCAAAUACUUCAGGUGAGGUGAUUUUUAUAGUUACUGAUCUUUAUUUUUCAUGCUUUGACUUUUUAGGUGUAGGAGCCUUGAAUGUGACCCAUGUAUUUCACUUUCACUUUUUAUUGCAUUAAUGUUGUACUGUAAAUCUGCUCACUGUCAUCAAGUUCAGUAUGCUGUACAUUUAUUUUAAUAUUACAUUUGACAUACUUAACGGGAACAGGACAUGGCCUUUGUAUUUUUUCAUGGGUUUUAAUGAUUGUAUUACAUGAUUGAACCGUGGAAAUGAAUGUUUAAAUCCAUUCAAUAUGCAAAAGUGACUGAAUAAUGCAAGCCAUGCUAUGUUUUUAUACUUCAAAAUGGUUCUAGAAGCCAGCCUCCAGUUACUGAAGUUCUGACCUCAGCAGGGUCCACUUUCCACCAUUUGCGAAAUGUUAAUCUAUAUCAAUUACUCCAUUCAACAACAGGGCAUUUUAUUCAAGGUUGAGUUAAUUCUCUGAAAUUGUUUCCUAUUAAAGUCCUAUAAAUGGAGCAUCAGUAGUAGAUUCCCUUCACCUGAUAUUUGUGAGUUAUUAGUGAAACCAGACAUGCAUUUAGCUUUCAUGUAGUUCAUAGACUAUUUUCACAUGCUCUCCUGAAAGGAAUUGUUCCGCAUUUCAUUAAAUACAUUUACUUUUUUCUGAGAUUUUUAGGUGGAUGUUGACCUCAUAUCUGUGUUCAGUAUGGAGCUGGAGCUGUGAACAUGUAUCUGGUUCAUUUUCUCUCUCUGUCUCUCUCGCAAGCAUGCACACACACACAAAGAAAUUUAAAUAUGCUGCACAGAAAUGCUGUGCGGAUGGACACACUUAUUUUUUGUCAAGAAAUAGUUCCAGCACGGCACUUCUAUGCAGCGUCUCUGGUUACAACACAGGUUGUCAGAUACAGUUAUUGAGCACAGGUUUUAGUAUCCGUCUCUGUAUGGGUGUGAUGGUACCAAACCAAACCUCACUGUGAUGACAAGACAGUUAUUGCACCCAGCUGUUUGUCAAAAAAUAGUUUCAGCACAUAACUCUACCUAAAACAACAAAUUGCCGUCCCUACAUUCUGUGUGUACAGAUUAACCAAAACCACAUAUAACAUGGAAAUUCAUUAGCUGUGUCUUUGGACAGAGCCAAGCUAGUUGUUUCCCAUUGCUUGCAGUCUUAAUCCCAAACUAGGCUAACCACAUCCUGACUCCAUCUCUGUAAUUAGCACAAACAUGAAAUUGAUAUCCAUCUUAUACAACACAUUCCGAAAGUAUUCAGACCCCUUCAGUUUUUUCACAUUUUAUGAAUACUUAUAUCAUUUUGAUAUUUCCGUUUUUGCAGGAAUUGAAAAAACUCUGUCUUCACUUUGUCAUUAUGGGGUAUUGAGUGAAGAUUUAUGAGGGAAAAAAUUCAUUUAAACAAUUUUAGCAUAAGGCUUCAACAAACCGAAAUGUGAAAAAGUGAACGGGUCUGAAUACUUUCUGAAUGCACUGUAUAUCCAUAUCUCAUUCUCUGAAAACAAAUUAGUGUAUUUCUCAGAAUCUUGAACUUUCUUUAAUCAAACCCAGCUAGUUAGCUCAAAAAGGCUGUCUCCCAUGUUCUUAGUGAAAAACCAUUUCAAAGAUAAACCAUUAUGUUUUUCUUGACUUCAGAUCUAAUAACCCUGCCCUGUGAGAACCUUUGAACUUAUCCUUUACAAUUCCUAUCCUAUCCUACAAAACCUAUCCUUUACAAUUCAAGUUAGGGGGAAAAUAAUCAUGUCCUGAAUUUCAGCCUGCAAAAUGUCUAAAAUAACAAGGAUUCAUACAGAAUUAAAGCCUUGGCUUAAGGACUUAAGUUAUCUCCUGUUCUAAAAUAUUCAUAUGUUUAAUAUUUCUCUCUUUGAACAGUGGUUUUUGGAAUGGAAUUCUUCAAAUCAAGGGCUGCAGUCUAAAACACUGCAUAUGUAAACUUAAAUGAAAGGAUAUAAAGUAACUGAAGGUACAUAAGUUGUACUUCUAUCAUUGCAACUUUUAUGUUGUUCAAUUUUUGAAACUUUAUUAAUUUCAGCAUUACAUAAUAAGACUGACAAUUUUGUGUUUUGUCAUGUUUGAUCUAUCAAGCUAAUCAAAAGGCUGAUAAAAUUGAGCCUUAAGUACAUAUUUAAUGCAGUAAUUUACCAUAUGCGCUACUUUAGUCAGCGUAUCUACUCUUUGAUGUCGUAAUUAAUCCCCCCCCCAUACUGGCUGCUUGAAAUGAUCACGGCCAAAUGGAUGCAAACAGACUGAUCCAUGUGGCUUCACUUUUAUGCUAUAAACACAGUUCUUUUUUUCUUCUUCUUCAAUGCUCUCAGGCCAAAGAACUAUUUGGUUCUAUCAUGAAAAUUCAAAAAAGUGUUGAUGGGAUUUUUAAAUGUACAAAGAGUUCUGCACUGUGAUAGCUACAAACCACUCAUUGUAUGGGUAUACACUACUAGAUCAGCUUAUUUUGUCAGUUGUGUGAGCCUAAAAUUAAAAGUUAACAAUAAAUGAAAUCCAGUACAUAAACCCAAAUGCUGAACUCACAUCAUGUACAGUAAACUGUUCCUGUCCAGCAGGCUGUUCAAAACUUUAUUGAAUCUUUCCUAAUGCUAAGUGCCUCAAAUGUCCUUUGGCGGGUUGACAAUGUGUACUGUAUUCUAUUGUUGACACAGUGGUCCGCUCUCCUCUAAUAAAUGUACAUACCUUAUGGAAAGAAUUUGGUGUUUUGUUUUACUUGUAAAUGUUGUUAUAAGUAUAGUUAUAGUAUAUAGUUUGUUAAUAUUUCUAUGCUAUAGGUCAAAAUUAUGAAGGCCAUCCAGUGUAAAACAAUAAUUAUGAUGCUGAAAAGAUCCACAUGAGGGCAGCACAAGACAGAAUGGCACAGGAAGUCCUACAUGUAUUUUAUUCAGUUGAACACACUUUCUCUUAGUACUGUAACUCAUGUUUUACUUGAGCCUAAAAUUGAAAGUAAAAGUUUCAUUGACAUACUGUAGAUAAUUUUAAACUGAGUCUCUACAACAGGCUUCUUUGGAGCAUUGAGAAAGUUUGAGUCAGAACUACAUCUUGGUAUGAUUUCCUAAAAGGACAACAAAAAACUGGGAUGAUUUGUAUGAUCACGUUAUUAUGUGGUUAAGACUUGUAUUAGUAUCACAUAACAUAGCUUGGGUUAGUGCAUGUUUUAAAAGAUGACAAAGAUAAUUUGUAUUCUUACAAUUACAGGGGAAUUUUCUAAGAAUUGAAUACAGGGAGCAAACAGAUGCCAUUUAUGCAUGUGCCCUAUGUUAUUGAUUUGAAAACCACUGAUAAUGUCAAACUGUUUAUAUGUCAUCAUUUAAGUAAAAAAAACAAAAAACCCUGCUCUCUAAAUUAAUAGGUAUGUCAACAUUUAGCUCCCUUCACAGACACAAUUCAUGACAAUUUAGGAUUUCUGACCAUGAUCCUGUAUGGAAUUUACUUCCUAUUCGAUCUGUAAACCUUUUCCUAGAACUUUAAAAACUGUCAGAACUAAGUGAAUGUCCAAACUAUUUGAUACUGUAUCCGAAAUCCAGACUAUAUACUUAAUCUAUACAGGAUGUACUACAUGCUAAUCAUCAUAGUAUACUGCUUUAGCAGUUGGUAUACAAAAACUCAACAUGCUUUUCCAGUUUAGAAUAGGAAAUGAUGUGUAUGAUGUCAGACAUCAGAAUACUUGAAAGAUGAUCCAAAAUAUAUGAUUUUGAUCUAAGAAGUUUAAAUUUGGGAGAGGGGGAGACAGAUCAGAGACAACCAGUUCAACCGUGGCAUUGUUAACAGACUAUUUACUUUAGAGUGUUUACUUGAAAUAUUGGCCUGAUAAACUGUGCUGUUUAAUCUGUAUUGUCUAAAUAACGGAUUUCAUUGUUUUUGUAUUUGUCUUAAUUAGUAGGUUUUUUAAAUAUUGUUUGUUCAGUAAGAUUUUUUUUUAUCUUUAAGGUUCUUGUCUGAUGAAUC